AUGAACCAAACCAGAGAUAUAAUUGGCGAUCUUCUUGUUAGAAACCUUGUUUCUAUUGUUGAAGAGAUUCUAAACCUGACGGAUGCAAGAACCCUACUCAACUGUUGUCUGGUGUGUCAGCUCUGGGAGGAGGAGUUUACAAAGCAUCAACUCUGGAGACGGCUAGUUGAGAUGAGGUGUCGGAGAAAUAAAAAGGUUCGUCUUGCACUAAGGUUGAACGGCUGGUGCAAUGAUAUCCCCGGGUUAGGAGGAGUAGAAAAGGGUGCAAAAUCCUUUAUUAACAUGUUCUUUAAGCUUUCGUCCUUACCAGAGAUAAUAUCAGAGAGAAGGUUGGGAUCUAAGAAACUGUUCACGGGUUCAAUGUUCUCCUGUCUCCAUCUACAGAGGGAGAAUCUGUUUGCAGGAAUGUUGGACGGAUUGAUUAAGAUGUGGGUUGUUAAGGUUCCAAUAAAACACGAGCGCCCCAUCCGUAUGUUUGAAGGACAUGAACAGCGAGUAACAGCUUUAGAUUCUCAUCAAAACCAUCUGAUUUCGUCCUCCAUUGAUCAUUCUGUCAGGGUCUGGAAUAUUGAGACGGGGAGACAGGUUCGGGUUCUCCGGGGACCAUGUUCUCCUCUACUCUACGUCAAACUAACCACAGACAGAAUUGUCUCCAUUGCUAAAUCAGGACAUUUCAAUUUCUGGUAUUGGAACAGUCCUAAACAUCUCGAGUAUCUCUACUCUACCUCUAUAAACCAUGACCUCAAUUUCCUAGAUGUGUCCGUCGGUGAAACCUAUAUUAUCCUGGUUCUCUUCCAACCAGUGAUGUUCCUAGAGAAUGAAAUCCAAGUAUACAGCAGCAAGACUGGAAGACGACUCACCGAGAAACGAAUAACAUGUCCGGCGAAUAUUUCAAGUAUAGCAGUAUUCAACUGUAUACUGUGCAUAGGAACAGAAUCGUGUAUUGAGGUGUGGAAUAUAGAAGACUGUGAAAUCAUAACUAUUCUCCGGGUCGAUUUACUCCCGGUCAUAGGUUCUUUUAUUUCCAACCCAACACCCAGUAUUAAAGAUAUUUCAUUGAACGAAUUCCUAUUAGUCGUAAUGUUCUCUCCGGGUACUAUUUUCAUCUGGUCAAUUUUCGAUAUUGUGCAAGACUUAACCGAACCUAGAUUAUGUAUAGAGAACAAUGAACCAAGUUGGAAACCCAUGGCGCUCUCCGAUACCAAGAUUGUGUUCGGGUUAGAGAUGAAGUUCGGAGAUAUAAAAAUCUAUUCCUUCUCCGAUAAUCAUCCGAGAUUAGAGAGUGAUCAAAUCAAGGACGAAGAGCUCCAAGAUGGUUUUGAUGUUUCGUCCCCAGAGUUAAUGCUAGAUGAUGUACCUGACCUAAAGUAA